UCAAAGUAACGUUACGCCCUACUUUAGUUUCCAUCACAGGUGGUGGCAACAAAUGCGUCACUGUGAGUGACGUCACACCACCCGAAAGUGGAAGCCAUUUUGUGCUGCUGUCAGGGUGCGUCGCUGCUCUCUCCUGAAGUCAAGGACUGGAAUACAAUCAAACAUGGGGUACGAUGGGAAGUACCUCCAAGGAAUGGGCUGGACCCUGGUGGUGAUGGGAUCUCUCAACAUCAUCCUGGGUAUAGCUGCGGAUGCUGCGUUUGCCUCCAUGGGUGCAUUCACCAUCUUCCACUACAUCAGCGCACCAAUAUGGAAUGGCAUUUUUGUUGUCAUCACUGGUAUCCUGGCGAUUUCCAGUGGAAAAAAGCCGACAAACAAGGGUCUGAUGGUGGGACUUAUGAUACUGGGGAUCUUCACCAUCAUGUCUGCAGUCUGUUGCUUCUCCCUGGGCAUUGUCGGGUCUAUUGUCGAUUCCAGCUGUGGUUAUGGUUGGGGUUAUGGUUAUGGAUCCUGGAGCAGCUACCGCCAUGACUGUACAUCCGCGGCCAUUGCCCUGCAUGUGGUGAAUGUUCUCCUGGCUCUGGCUGAGAUUGUCAUGGCCUUCGUAGCUGCCAUCAUGCCCUGCUGUGGGCUGGCAACUUCAAACAACCCCCAUGUUGCCCCUGUGGUUGUGUACAACCAGGGACCAAACAUGAUGCCAGGCCAGGCUGCUUAUGUUGUUGUGCAAACAGGUGUUCCAGGUGCACAAGGUGUUCCCUACACGACUGUCAGUACACCUGGAGGCAUGCCACAGCAGCAGGUGUUCAUCGCCCAGCACCCGUACCCUGCAGCAGCCCCCAUGCAGGGGUACUAUGGCGCCCAGGCUCCGCCUCCUUACAUGCAACAGUCCAACAUUGGUGCAGCACCUGCUCAGGCACCUGUAGCCGCUCAACCACCUGCCGAGACCAAAACCCAGCCACCUGCCUAAGUUACAUACAUAAUUGUUGCUACUGGGUCUUUUACCCCCACAUUGUCAGUGCAUGGGCACAACUUUUGUUUUUGUAUUACAGGUGAAAGUGUUUGCGCAUUUGCUAGCAGUUUGGUGAAUGUUGUAUUAUCUACUUUUGUGAGAAGACUAUGAAUUGAUAUUUUUAUAUGUAUUUAAUGUGUAACAAGAUGCAUGUAUGCAGUUGGUGUUUCUAUCCUACAGUAAUUUUUUUGAAAUUUUUCUGAGCUUAACUUCUAACACAAAAAAUUGGACUCAAAUUUUUGACUGACGGGCUGCGGUCUUCGUUGAAGAAUGAGCAAUCCGCGCCGUUUCUGUGAUGUCACGUUAUGCAGAAAAAACAUGUCAACCAUAGUGAUGUAGAACUCAUUGUUGGCUGAUAGUCUAGAGAUGUUUACAUUCCAAGUUUAUUAUGAAUGUUAUUAAUAAACCAGGUAUUCACACAUUAUAGCAGAUGUUUGACUCCAUGAUACCUGUAUCCAAUACUGAGACACUGUUAAGUACAAAUUGUAAUGGGGUUGGUAACAUAGCAAAGUUGGAUGAGUUAAAGGUUGAUCUUCAAAUCAGAAUUACCUUUAAAGGGACCAGAUUUGGACAUGCACAAGACCAAAAACAGUGCUUAUGAAAUAUUGAUUUUGAUUGUGACAUGCCAUGCAUUAUAUUGCUCUAAUUGAGAUUCCACUUAAUUAUAAACAGCACCUAAAUUUAGAUUGACUCUAUAGCAUUGUAGACUAUAUAUUGCAGUGUGCCAUGAAUGUCUACUUGGUAUCCAGCACAUUUACAGCUCUCAAGUAUCUUCUGUCCUCUCUGAAAUACAAGCAGGAGCAGACGUAUUUUCAGAGAGGACAGAAGAGACUCAGCAGCUAUAUUACGACUGGAUAACAGGCUAAUGAAUGCCAGCAAGUUGAUACUACAUUUAUGUGUUUAGCAUGAAUUGUGCUUCUCAAUAUAAUGCCAUCAGUUGUUCACUGCUUACUGCUUAUGCAUGAUAAAUACAUGGAAAUCAUAUAACAUAGACAAAAUUUAACCUAUUGUGAAGGAUGCAAAUAAAACCUGUAGAAAAAAUCCAAA